GGAGCGGCGGGAGCGGCGGGAGCGGGGCCGGGACCGCCCGGGGCAGGUGCCUCCGGACCCCCCCGGCCAGGCUGGGGCCGCCCAUGCGGCUGUGAGAGGACGGGGGCGGCCGGGCCCCCCCAGGGCCCCCCAGGGCCCCCCCAAACCCGCCCAGGCACCAUGACCUGUCCGGCCGCUGAGGGACACCCCGAACCCGGGGGCCACCGAGAGACCAAAGCCCACCUGGGCUCCGUGACCCACCUGGGCUCCGUGGCUCCAGAAGGUUCUGAGGGACACCAAGAGACCAAAGCCCACCUGGGCCCCGUGGUCACCAGAGGAUCCUUGGCCAGCUGGACCUCUGUGGUCAGCCAGGACCACCAAGAGACCAAGGCCCACCUGGGCUCUGUCACCCACCUGGGCUCUGUCGCCCACCUGGGCUUUGUGGCCAACCAAAACUUCGUGGGCAACCAAAACUUCGUGGGCAACCAAGACCACCCUGAGCCCGGUGCUGGUGGUGGCUCCGUGGUGCUGUUGGACUCCAAGAUCUCCCAAGGCUUUGAGGAGCACCUGGGGACUCGGCUCAGCCAGGUCUCUGUGACCCACCUGGCGUCCGUGGCCACCCAGGACCACCUGGAGAUGGAGCUGCCUCAGGAACCCGUGGCCAGCCGAGGUUCUGGGGGCAGCCAGGAGCACCCAGAGCCCGACACCAACAUCCCCUUGGACUCCAAGGUCAACCAGGGCUCCGUGGGUCAUUUAAACCUGAAGGGCCACCAAGACCUCGCCCCCUCCCCGGCCUCCGAGGACCCCCAAGAGCCCAAGGUCACCCAGGGUCCCGUGGACAACCAAAAGACCAAGGUCUACCAAAGCCCCACAGCCCUUCUAGAGGCCAAGGUCAACCAAGACCCCAUGGUGUGUUUAGACUUGAGGGUCCACCAAGCCCCCAAGGACCCCCGAGCCCCCCUGGACAGCCCGGCUGGCCAGGCCUUGGUGGCUCUCACAGACUGGAAUGUCCACCAAGCCCCGGUGGCCAAGCCCGGCCCUCCGGACCUGAGGGUCCCCAUGGGCACCACGACCAAGGGACGCUGCCUGGGCACCGAGUGCCACCAACCCCUCGUGCCCACCUGGGCCACCCCAGCCCCCUGCCCGCGUGCCCAAAUCCCCUCGGGCGCCCGCCUGGGGCUGGUGCUGCUGACCCUGGGCUCGCUCCUGCUGCCCUGCGCCCGCGGCUCGGCGCUGGAGUUCGGCGGCGCCCCGGGGCAGUGGGCGCGCUACGGGCGGUGGGCGCCGGGCGCGGGGGGCCAGCUCAGCUUCCGCUUCAAGACCAACGUGACGCGGGCGCUGCUGCUCUACCUGGACGACGGCGGCAACUGCGACUUCCUGGAGCUGCUGGUGGCCGAGGGGCGGCUGCGGCUGCGCUUCGCCAUCGCCUGCGCCGAGCCGGCCACGCUGGAGCCGCCGGCGCCGGUCAGCGACGGCCGCUGGCACGCGGUGCUGCUGACGCGGCAGGCGCGGCACGCGGCGCUGGCCGUGGACGGCGAGGCGCGGGCGGCCGCCGUGCGCUCCAAGCGGCCCGACAUGGCCGUGGCCAGCGACCUCUUCGUCGGCGGCAUCCCGCCCGACGUGCGGCUCUCGGCGCUGACGCUCAGCACCGUCAAGUACGAGCCGCCCUUCCGCGGGUGGGUGGCCGACCUGCGGGUGGGCGACGCGCCGGCCGCGCUGCUGGGCGCCCAGGGGGUCCGGGGCGACGGCGACGAGCGCUGCGCCCACCACCCGCCCUGCGCCCACGGCGGCCGCUGCACCCUGCGCCGUGGGGAGCCCCGCUGCGACUGCGCCGGCACCGGCCACCGCGGGCCCUUCUGCGAGGAAGAGGAAGAACCCGCGGUGGAAGGUCCCGCCCACCUGCGAGUCACCGGCCAAGGGCCCGCCGAGGUCGCCGAGGGGGGGCCCGGCCGCGGCGCCGGUGAGAUCCAGCAGGCAGCGAAAGGCCGCGCCGAGUACGUGGCCACGUUCCGGGGCAGCGAGUUCUUCUGCUACGACGUGUCGCGGUCGCCGGUGCAGAGCAGCGCGGACGAGCUGGCGCUGGCGUUCCGCACGCGGCAGCGCCACGGGCUCCUGCUGCACACCGGCCGCGCCGCCGACUUCCUCAACCUGUCGCUCAAGGCCGGCGCCGUGUGGCUCGUCAUCAACCUGGGCGCCGGCGCCUUCGAGGCGCUGGUGGAGCCCGUCAACGGCAAGUUCCACGACGGCGGCUGGCACCACGUGCGCGUCACGCGCAACCUGCGGCAGCACGCAGGGAUCGGACACGCUAUGGUAAACAAACUGCAUUACCUGGUGACCAUUUCCGUGGACGGCAUCCUGACCACCACGGGCUACACGCAGGAGGAUUUCACCAUGCUGGGCUCCGACGACUUCUUCUACGUGGGGGGGUCCCCCAACACCGCCGACCUGCCGGGGUCCCCCGUCAGCAACAACUUCAUGGGCUGCCUCAAGGACGUGGUUUACAAGAACAACGACUUCAAGCUGGAGCUGUCGCGGCUGGCGCAGGAAGGGGACGCGCGGGUGACGCUGCACGGGGCGCUGCUCUUCCACUGCGACCCCCCCCCGGCGCUGGACCCCGUCACCUUCGCCACCCCCCAGGCGCACCUGGCGCUGCCCACCUGGCGCCCGGCCCGCGCCGGCUCCGUCUCCUUCGAUUUCCGCACCACGGAGCCCAACGGGGUGCUGCUCUUCGGGCAGGGACCCCCCCGCGACCCCCCGGCCGCAGCCCCCCGGGGGCCGCCCCCGCCGCCCCCCGAUUUCCUGGCGCUGGAGCUGCUGGACGGGCACCUGUACCUGCUGCUGGGCAUGGGCGCGGCCGGGCUGCGGCUCCGCGCCAGCGCCCGCAAGGUCACGGACGGAGAGUGGUGCCACGUGGACGUGCAGCGCGACGGGCGCAAAGGCUCGGUGUCGGUCAACAGCCGCAGCACGCCCUUCCUGGCCAGCGGUGACCGCGACGUUCUGGACGUGGGGGCCGAGCUGUACCUGGGGGGGCUCCCCGAGGGCCGCGCGGGCCCCCCCGCGCCCCCCGAGCUCUGGGCCGCGGGGCUGCGCCUCGGCUUCGUGGGCUGCGUGCGGGACCUGUUCGUGGACGGGCGGAGCCGCGACGUGCGGGCGCUGCUGGGCGCGGGGGGGGCUCCGGGGGUCGCCCCGCUCUGCGCCAGGGACCCCCCCCGGCUGUGCGCCAGCGGCCCGUGCCGCAACGGGGGCACGUGUCGCGAGGGCUGGAACCGCUUCGUGUGCGACUGCCGCGGCACCGGGUACCUGGGGCCGCGCUGCGAGACAGAGGCGGCAGUGCUGAGCUACGACGGCAGCAUGUACCUGAAGGUGCAGGUGCCGGGCGAGCAGACCGAGGCCGAGGACGUGUCCCUGCGCUUCAUGUCCCCCCGAGCCUUCGGCCUCGUCCUGGCCACCACCUCGCGCCACUCGGCCGACACGCUGCGCCUCGAGCUGGACGGGGGGCGCAUGAAGCUCACCCUCAACCUGGACUGUGUCCGCGUGGGCUGUCACCCCAGCAAGGGCCCCGAGACGCUGUUCGCGGGGCAGCGGCUGGAUGACAACGAGUGGCACUCGGUGCGGGUGGCCCGGCGCGGGCGCAGCCUCCAGCUCGCCGUGGACAACGUCACCGUCGAAGGACAGCUGUCGGGCUCCCACACCCGCCUGGAGUUCCACAACAUCGAGACCGGCAUCGUCACCGAGCGCCGCUUCCUGGCCGUGGUCCCGUCCAACUUCCUGGGCCACCUGAGCGGGCUGGUCUUCAACGGGCUGCCCUACCUGGACCUGUGCCGCGACGGCGACAUCAGCUCCUGCGAGCUCAACGCGCGCUUUGGCCGCCGCGCCAUCGUGGCCGACCCGGUGGCCUUUGGUGGCCGCGGCUCCUACGUGGCGCUGGCCACGCUCCAGGCCUUCUCCUCCUUCCACCUCUUCUUCCAGUUCAAGACCACGGCGCCCGACGGCCUCAUCCUCUUCAAUGGCGGCAGCGGCUCCGACUUCCUGGUGGUCGAGCUGGUCAAGGGGUACAUCCACUACGUGUUCGACCUGGGCGAGGGCCCCUCGCUCAUGAAGGGCAACUCGGAGCAGCCGCUGCACGACGGGCGCUGGCACGAGGUGGCCGUGGCGCGCGAGGGGGGGACCCUGCACGCGCUGCGCGUGGACGGGAGACCCGUGACCCAGCACGGGCAGGGCGCCCGCGGGCUGCAGCUCAAGGGUGAGCUGUACGUCGGGGGGGUCAGCCCGGGGCUCCUGGGGCGCCUCCCGCGCCUCGUGGCCUCCCGGGGGGGCUUCCGGGGCUGCCUGGCCUCGCUGGACCUCAACGGGCGCCUGCCCGACCUGCUGGGGGACGCCCUGAGACGCGUGGGGGACGUGAGGAGGGGCUGCGAUGGCCCCAGCACGACGUGCGCCGAGGACUCGUGUGCCCACGGGGGCGUCUGCCUGCAGCAGUGGGACGGCUUCACCUGCGACUGCAGCAUGACGGCCUUCGGGGGGGCCGGCUGUGCCGAGCCGGGCACCACGUACAUUUUCGGCAAGGGGGGGGCCCUGAUCACCUACACGUGGCCCCCCAAUGACCGGCCCAGCACCCGCGCUGACCGCCUGGCCCUGGGCUUCAGCACCCGGCAGCGCGACGCGGUGCUGCUGCGCGUGGAGAGCGCGGCCGGCCUCGGCGACUUCCUGCAGCUCCACAUUGUUCAGGGGGCCGUGGGGGUCCUGUUCAACGUGGGCACCGAGGACAUCGCGCUGGAGGAGCGGGGGGCGGCCGUCAGCGAUGGGCGCUUCCACGUCGUCCGCUUCACGCGCAGCGGCGGCAACGCCACGCUCCAGGUGGACGGCGGCCCCCUGCACGAGCGCUACCCGCCAGGCAGCGGGGACAGCGAGCGGCUGGCGCUGGCGCGGCAGCGCAUCCCCUUCCGCCUGGGGCGGGUGGUCGAUGAGUGGCUGCUCGACAAAGGCCGGCAGCUGACCAUCUUCAACAGCCAGGCGCGCGUGCGGGUGGGGGGCCGGGACCGCGGCCGCCCCUUCCAGGGGCAGCUCUCGGGGCUCUACUACAACGGGCUGAAGCUGCUGGCGCUGGCGGCCGAGGGACACCCCCGCGUGCGGCUCGAGGGGGACCUGCGGCUCGUGGGGGACCCCCCGCCGCCCCCCGCGCCCCCCGGCGCCACCCCCGCGCCCCCCGACAUGGCCACCACCAUCAUGGAGACCACCACCACCAUGGCCACGACCACCACCCGCCGCGGGCGCUCGCCCACCCUGCGCGACACCGUCGCCCAGAACACGGACGAUCUGCUGGUGGCCUCGGCCGAGUGUCCGAGCGAUGACGAGGACCUGGAGGAGUGUGAGCCGGGCACAGGUGGGUGCUGCUCCGGGGCCCCGGGCACGCGCGUGUGGCACGGCCUGGCACGCGCGUGUGGCACGGCCGCAGAGCCCGGGGCUCUUCCCAAACCCCCCCGGCGGAGGUGUGCACACGCACAGGUGUGGGGAGUGCACACGCACAGGUGUAGGGGUAUGCAGGUGUUGCACACGCGUGUGAGCAAGGAACAUGCCAGGCUGCUCACGGCAAGGGGACACGCGGGUACGGGAGCUGCUCACACACCUGGACAGGUGUGCACACACCUGAACUGUUCACAAACACUUGGACAGGUGCACACACGCACACACCUACAAAGGUGUGCACACACAGACACACACAGACACAGACACACCUGCACAGGUGUGCACACACCUGAACUGUUCACACACACCUGUAUAGGUGUGCACAUACACACACACACCUGCACAGGUGUGCAUGCACCUGAACUGUUCACACACACCUGGACAGGUGCACACACACCUGAACUGUUCACACACACCUGGACAGGAGCUGCUCACACCCUCACAGACACAGGUGUGCAUACACACCUGAGCUCACACACACCUGAACUCACACACACACCUGAACUCACACACACACCUGAACUCAUGCCUGCCCCACAAACUCAGCCCCCCCCCACACCAGGGUGCCCCCCUUGUACACCCAGGUGCCCCCCCUUGCACACGCCCUCCCACCUGUGGCCCCGCCCCUCACCUGUGGCCCCGCCCCCCCACCUGCACAGGUGUUCCCGCCCAUUCCGAGCGCACACCUGAGCUCAGGGGCUGUGCAGGCCCCACCCCCACCCCCUGCUUCCCCUGACGGAUGGACACUCGGACAUUCGGACACUUGGACAGACAGGGAGGAUGCCCCGGUCUGGGGUCACCCCGUGUGACACCUGCGCUGUCACACCUGUGCUGCCACCAGGACCUUGGCGAGGACCCUCCCCCACCCCCAGUGUCACACGGUGACACCCCCUGGACACCCCCAGGUGUCACCUGGACACUGGAGACCCCCCCUGGACACCUGGCACCCACAGGUGUCACCUGGACACCUGGAUGUCCCCAACAGGUGUCCCCAGGACACUCCAAUCCCCCAAAACCCCAUUUGUGGGGGAGUGGUGGCAGCGGUCAGGGGAAGGGGGAGGAGCGGGGGACGGACAGAUGGACAUGGACGGACAAUGGACAGACAGUGGACGGACAAUGGAUGGACAAUUGACCAUGGAUGGAUGAUGGACAGCGGUCCAUGGAUGGAUGGAUGGAUGGGAACAGAUCCAGGGAUGGAUGCACGGAUGGAUGGACACACGGAUGGGUGGAUCCAUGGAGAGCUGGACCGGUGGAUGGACAGAUGGACACACGGAUAGGUGGAUGGGUUGAAGGAUGGAUGGACGGACGGAUGGAUGGAUGGAUGGACACAAGGAUGGACGGAUGGAGGGACGGAUGGACAGUUGGAUGGAUGGAUGGAUGGAUGGAUGGACACAAGGAUGGACGCAUGGAUGGAUGGAUUAGCAGAUUUGAGGUCAGAGGAUCUGAGGGUGCACAGACAUGUGGCCAGGUGGCUGAAGGGGCGGAUUUAGGGAUGAAUGGAUGGACACAUGGACGGAUGGACACAUGGAUGGAUGGAUGGAUGGAUGGAUGGAUGGAUGGAUGAUGGAUGGAUGGAUGGAUGGAUGGAUGAUGGAUGGAUGGAUGGAUGGAUGAUGGAUGGA